AUGCAAAACAAAAGCACAGCUGACUCUUGCAGUAUAGUACAGGAGUGUAUGGAGAAGUGGAGAGAGUACGUCAAGGAGGAAAAGAGCAUAUCGAUACUAAAGAUCCACGAGAAGAAAAAGGAAAGUGCUGAAAAAUUGAAGUUAGCACAAGAGCCAGCUCCUCAGGAAGAUAGAAAGCCAGAGAGCAGGAAGAAAGUGAAGAACGAGACAAACAGCGAGCAACUACUUGUUCCACAGCCCAAAGAAAAAAUAGCUCCAAGCAAUAAAAAGGAGCGAUUGCCUACUACGAAGGUUGCAGAUAAAAGCAAAAAACAGAAAAUAGCAGCCCAAUUGCCUGAUGAUUUGUCCAAGGCAGAGAAUAAAAAGACGGAAGAGAUAGCAAAGUCUAAAGCACCAAGCCAAGAAAAGACCAAAAAGGUAGUUAUAGAACAAACUGAGGAGAGGGGCCCGCAGAAAGUAGCCAAAAGGCAGCCGCAGAAGAGAAAGUCUGCCAAACAAGCAGCUGCACUAAAGUCCUCAGCAGAAGAUCUAAAGACAGAAACAGUGAAGAGCGAAGAAGUGGAGAUAAAACCAUCUUUAGAAAAUAUUCCAGAGGCCAAACAGAAUGUAAAAGAAGAAGUAGGAGAGAAUAUUCCAGGGAUAAAAGUACAGGAAAAGAAAGAAGAAACAGAGAAAGUAGCUGCAAAGCCUGCUAAGGCAGCAAAAGUCAAGAAAGAGAGAAAGAAAAAGCAGAAAAAGGUGGAAAACGAGUUUGUAGAGGUGAGCAAGGAUCUGAAAGAGGAGGAGAAAGUUGAGAAGAUCGAAGAUGAGGAUAACAUAAAAAUAACCGUUACUUCUGCUGAGCCACUAGUGCCUUCUCCCCUAAGCAUCUUUGAGAAAAUGCACUUAAUAGGGAAUAAGGCUGGCCAGGACAGCUUAGUAAUACCAAUUGGCAAUGUACCAGAAGAAGAAAAUAAAAAAGAGAAAAACGAUCAAAAUUUGAACACUGAGACAAACAAACCGCAGAAAGUGGUGCAGAUAGUAGAAGCACCAGCGGAACAAAAAACAUUGCCUAAGGAUAAGAUAGAAGAGAAGAAACAGACAAACAAGCCUUCCUCUGCAAUGGAUAAAGCUGAAGAAAAGAUAACACCACUAUUCGAAGAUAGCCCGCUAGAAGUAAAGGGUAGCACAAAGGGCAGAAAAGAGCAGGAGAGAAAAGGUCCUACAGAGAGUGCUAAAACAGUCCAGGAAAGUGAGAAAUCUGCAGAGAAUGCAAGCAAAGAGUAUGCAGAAAAAAAUAAACAAAAAAGCCAGCAGAAAGAGGCACAGUCUGAAGAGAAUGAGAAACCUGUCAUCACAGUGCAAAAAGAGAAAAAAGAGCAGACUAGCAGCUCAGCACAGGAGGACAACAUCAUCCUUGCAAACAGAGAGCUGUACUCUGCUAAGGAAGUGUACAGGCCCUCCGUUAUUGCUGAUGUGCGGUCGUACAAUAUGAACACUGCUAACACUGAGACAAAAAAAACCGCUAAAAAGGAAAAUGCCAAAAUGGAAGAAAAAGCUGAAGAGACUCUUGUGCAGAGGAACACUCACGUGUCGAACAGCCAGCGCAGUACAGAAGAGUAUAUACAGCCACAGCCUGCUAUGCCAGGUAAACUUUCUUCUCCGAUGGGUGUAGAAAAGCAAAAUACCACCAGACAAACACAGAAAAAUGAAAAAGAAAAAAUAAGCACGGCUGAAACAAGCAGACUGCAGCGAGAUGCACACACAUCGAACAGAAUGCAGGGCGUUAAGAAGUCCUACAACGAGUCAACAGCCCAGGAGAUAGAGAAAACUAGCAAGAAUCUUCAUCUAUCAUCUACCCUUUCAAUGGGACAUACGGUGGAUGACAGUAAAAUAGAAGAAGCAAAGGAGAAGAAAAGCUUUGAGCGGUUGCUGCCCUCAAAAGACGAAAUAUACUUGGAGUCCAAUAAUAAACCAGCGAUAGCAGAAGCUCAGACUGUCUACACAGCGCCCAGAGUAGCCAGACGGAUGGACAGGCCAAAUCAGUCGUUUGUCGGUCUGAAGCCAGAAGAGCUGAAAGAAAAAACAUUUGAGCUGAAUCAGCUGCUGAAAACAAUGAAAGACAAAGUCCAAAAAAAAGAAGAUAACGGCAUAGCAUCGGACAAAAAAAAAGAACCCUCAUUCUCCCCAGUGAUGGACUCCAGCGACGAUGAAGUUGGCAGAGACCCAAAAUUUGAUAAACAGAAGUGGGUGGACAGCCCCUCUAUGCCAAGGAGAUUGCUUAUGCAGAAUGAAGACCAGGCUGAAAAGAUAUUUGGGCUGUCCGUAAAUACAAAAGUCAAUCUUAAGGAGAUGUUUAGCAGCCUAACUAACCUUCCGCCCGAUAGCCCAACUAAGAUGCUGUAG